AUGAGCAGUGGCCCCGCCCCUCUCUGGUGGGGGAGAGAGGAGCAGUGUGGCCCCUCCCCCUCUGGUGGGGGAGAGAGGAGCAGUGGCCCCUCCCCCCUCUGGUGGGGGAGCGAGGAGCAGUGGCCCCUCCCCUCUCUGGUGGGGGAGAGAGGAGCAGUGGCCCCUCCCCCCUCUGGCGGGGGAGAGAGGAGCAGUGGCCCCUCCCCUCUCUGGUGGGGGAGAGAGGAGCAGUGGCCCCUCCCCUCUCUGGUGGGGGAGAGAGGAGCAGUGGCCCCCCCUCUCUGGGUGAAGACGAGCUGCUCCCGUGAGGAUUCCGUGGACUCUCUAAUUAACCUCUUAUCAAAAUGUUUUUCUCUCCCACACUUGAAACAGCCUCUCCGCCUCCCCCUGAGCUGCCCCGGGGUGAAUCCUCAGGCAGCAGCGCCCCCUACUGCUCAGACUGGACACGGCGCUUUAAAUCUCACUCACUUUAAAUGA